CAAUUUUCUUUUCUCCGACCCCGAACUGCGACCACACCUCACAUACGUACAUACAACAACCAUCGCUGCAGGCAGCUACUCCUAUUCUCCUUCAAUAUAUCAUUCACUCAAGGGGAUAAAAAAAAGAUAUAAUAUAAAAUUGCAACCAUGGUCCAAGGAUCCCUCAAGAAGAAGCCCGCGGGCAACAGUGGGAAUCUUGUGAAGCGUCCCUCAGCCCUCGGCCCCAAGCGCGGACCGAGACAAAUCGCACCUAAGAAGACGACGUUGGUUAAGCAACAGAAGUUGACUAAGAAACUCACGGCGGGAUUGGUGGCCCGGACGGAGAAGAAUCUUGCAGAGAAGGCGGGACAUUUGGAAUUGUUGGCGGGAGGAAAGAAGGAUAAGAAGAAGGAUACUAAGGGGAAUGUGAAGAAAUAGAGAAGGGAGGGUAUAAUUUUUUGGAUUCUGUGAUUAAAUAGAGGGAAGGAGGUUUGUGGGGGGUGGAUAUUGUCGCUAUUGCUGUUACUAUUACUUCAUUCUGUUCAGUAUAUG